CAUGUCGGGCAUGGCGGAGUUCUUAGAAGAAACCCACAGUUUGCAAACUGAGCUCAAAAGAGCGAAGGAAAGCCUGAAAGAUGUGGACGAAAACAUCAAAAAACUUACAGGAAGGGACCCAGUGGAACAGAGGAAUCAUGCCAGGCGAGUUUCUCUGGGAGCGCCAAUGGAUUUCAGAUCAAGAGGUCCAUUUGGGAGCCCUGUUGACAGAAGAGAAAGACGGACACGAACAUUGAGUGGACCAGGAGAACGGGGAAGACCUUCAUUCGGGGGCGGUGGGGACAUCAGGGGCAGACUGUUUGCUUUAGCCAGACAGGACAUUGGUGAGUCUGAGGGGCCUCCAGCCAAGCGGAGAAUUGUUGGGGGAGCUUUCAGCAGGCUGGGGCCAGCCAGACGAGAAUCACAGAGCCGUGACAGUGGGGAUGAGGAGGAUUUGCCGAAUAAGCCCACUGUCCAGUCCUCUGUGGUCCCCGCCCCUGGGAUGGUCAGAACCAGGAAGGAAUCCAUUGAUCAGCAGAAUAAGGAUGAGAAGGGCAAAGCCAGAAAUCGUCGUAUGUUUGGUUUGUUGCUUGGGACACUGCAGCAGUUCCGCACUGAGGCCAAGGAAAGCAAGGACAAAGAUGAACAGAGGCGGCAGAUUGAAGUAAAGCUAGAAGACAAAGCUAAGCAAGAGAAAGAAGAUGCUCAGAAAGAAAGACAGCAGUUGUUCAAAGAGAGAAGAGACAAGCAAGCUAAAGUUCAACUUCUAGAACAGAAAAUGGAAUUAGUUAAUACGCAUGAAGAGUGGGAGAAAGAAACACUAAAACUGAAGAACUUCCUACGUACUAAAGCCAAGCCACAUCUGUUCUACAAGCCUCGUUCCCUGGACCUGUCUGACAGCAGAGUUAAACACACUCAUAAAGUCAUCGAUGGAUUGAUUAAGGACCGAAGGAAGAAACUAGAGGAGGACCUAAAAGUGCUAAGUCAACAGCUAAACAAAGAAACUAGGGAGAAGACAGGGGAGGAAGAAAGCAGAGAGGGUGAUGGGCAUCAUGAAGAUGGGGUGGGGCGGGAAAGAGAUGGGGUGGGGCACUCUGGCAAAGAUAGGGGUGGGAAGCGAGUGGAAAAUAAAGAGAAUAUGAAGCGUAAAGUAGAACGGAAACGACGGAAGUCCUUUGAGGCAGAUGAGGAGGAUGGAGAGGAAGAGGAAUUAGUAAGUGUUGGUGUGGUGGAGAGAGUGACAGGUGAGAACGGGGAGGGCUCAGAGGGGGGGAAGAGGGACCAGACUCAUGAGACAAACAUGGAGGGGCAAGAGGAGGAGGAGGAGGAGCAGGACUCAAGGGAGAUAACUCCAGUCUUAGCACAAGUAGUAGAUAGUGAGGAUAAGCAAGGUCAGGUGAAUUAUUCAAAGACAGCUGACACAGAAUCUGAUGGCAUGACUGAAAGAGAAAUUAGUCGAAGAGUCGUGCUAGCAGAAGACGAGGAAGAAAACCCAGCAGAAAACAUAGCUGAUGGAGACCCAGAACAGGCAGAUGAGUAA